UAAUAAUUAGUUAAUAAUAGAGAGUUAAAGUGAUAUUUUAAAAAUGUUUUUAACCAAAUAUAAUGUGAUUAUUCUUAUUGUUUUAAAUGUUACAACAAUAUUGGUCAAUGCGAAAAGACCAAAUAUUAUAUUCAUAUUGGCUGAUGAUUUGGGUUUCAAUGAUGUAGGUUUUCAUGGAUCAAAUGAAAUUCCUACACCAAAUAUUGAUGCAUUAGCAUAUUCUGGUAUCAUACUAAAUCGAUAUUAUGUGACAGCUUUAUGUACGCCAUCCAGAAGUGCAUUAAUGACCGGAAAACACCCAAUACAUACAGGAAUGCAACAUACAGUAUUAUAUGCAAAUGAACCACGUGGUCUACCAUUAAAUGAAACAAUUUUACCACAAUAUUUAAAAGAAUUAGGGUAUACAACAAGGAUUGUUGGCAAAUGGCAUUUAGGUCAUUAUAAAAAAGAGUAUACACCCACAUAUCGUGGAUUUGAUUCACAUACUGGAUUUUGGACGGGGCACCAUGAUUAUUAUGAUCAUACAGCUGUGGAGGAGAAUCAAUGGGGCUUAGAUAUGCGUCGAAAUCUAAGCGUUGCGUAUGAUUUACAUGGCCAAUAUUCAACAGAAAUAUUUACGAAUGAAGCCGUGAAUAUUAUUGAAUCACAUAACAAAAAUAAUCCAUUAUUUUUAUACAUCGCACAUGCAGCUGUACAUUCGGGUAAUCCAUAUAAUCCUUUACCUGCAUUUGAUCAGGAUGUUACAAGAUUCAAUCAUAUUUCAAAUUUUAAACGUCGAAAGUUUGCAGCAAUUUUAUCAGCUUUAGAUACAUCUGUAGGAAAAGUUGUGGAAGCAUUAGGUAAUAAUGGCUUAUUGGAAAACAGUAUUAUAAUAUUCAGCUCAGAUAAUGGAGGGGCUGCAAAUGGCUUCAAUUUAAAUGCCGCAUCAAAUUGGCCUCUACGUGGUGUAAAAAAUACAUUAUUUGAAGGAGGUGUUCGUGCUGCUGGAUUAAUUUGGAGUCCAUUAUUAUCAAAACCACAACGAAUUUCAUCACAAAUAUUUCAUAUUAGUGAUUGGUUGCCCACAUUAUACCAUGCAGCUGGUGGAGAUGUAACAAAUUUAAAAGAUAUUGAUGGUAUCAAUUCAUGGAUUCCACUGUCAAUUGAUAUUCCUACAAAUCGGACAGAAAUUUUGCAUAAUAUUGAUGACAUUUAUGGAAAUGCUGCUUUAACUGUUGAUGAUUAUAAGAUUCUCAAAGGAUCGACGUAUAAUGGACAAUGGGAUUUUUGGUAUGGCCCGUCAGGACGUGAUGGUAGCUACAAUAUUAGUCAAGUAAUGAAAUCCAGAUCAGGCAUGGCUCUCGCAUCUAUAGGACAUUCUCUACUACCAACACAAAUACAUUCAUUACGAAAUGAAGCGCAAGUUAUUUGUACAAGAGAUAUUCCAACAACAAUAGAUAAUUCAAAAUGUGUUGCUAUGGAAGCUCCAUGCCUAUUCAAUAUUAAAGAUGAUCCAUGUGAAUUGAAAAAUUUAGCCAACGAGUUACCAGAUAUAGUUGCUAAAUUAGAAAAAAGAUUAAAUGAAUAUAAUGAAACAGCAGUUCCAGCAGCAAAUUUACCACGUGAUCCAGCCGGUGAUCCUAAAAAUUGGGACUAUACAUGGACUAAUUUUGGUGAUUACGAUUAUUCUGUUACUGUUUCCGGUGUUUAAAAAAAUAAAGAGAAAGAAAAGAUGAUUUUUUACUGACAAACAA